AUACGUGACCUAUGAAACUUAGCAGUGUGUACUUGGAAUAGGUAACACAAUUUACGUGAUAAGUUUAAAAUUCCAGAUUAUUUUGCCAUUUCUUACCUUCUUUCGUUAUAAUUAGUCAAGAUAAGUCUAUAUAAACUUUUAAUAAACCGAAUUAAACGUAUUUAUGAAUUUGAACUUACCAAAAAUGAGUUCUGCCUGUAGCGUCCUGACGAUCGUCGCCGUCAUUAUUGGGGUGGCUCAAUCCCAAGUGGUUACGCGCUACACCCCGGCGCGCGGUCUGCCCACCAUCUGUCCGUCGAAGGCCGCCGCCGCCACCUGCAACCAGCUGUUCGACCGCACCACCAUCGCCUACGCGCCCGCCUGCCCGCAGCCCCAGCAGACGGUCGCGGUAGCCCCCGCCGAUGACUACAAGUCACUCCUGCAGCUCGCCAGGUCUUUAAACUGCAAGAAAUGCCCGAAGUGCAGCAAAAACAACUGCACCUGUGGCAAUGUUAAGAGCGGAGAGAUUAUUAAUAAGCUGGUGGAUGGUCUGAUAGCUGCGUUGGUGAACAAGAAGUUGGCUGCGGCUGCGAAGCCGACGCCUGCGCCCACUCCAGCGGGACCCGCCACCAGCCCCCCGGCCACGUCCACUCCCACUGUCGACCUGACUCCUGUUACUGACGUGGUGUCUGGAGUGACUCCUGUUGUUGGGUCUGUUGUAUCUGGAGUGACGCCAUUGGUCAGUUCGGUGGUGUCUAGUGUGCUGGGUGGAGGGGCCGGCGGCGCUACGAAUGCGUUGCCUACAGAGACCAUUACUGACAUGCUCCCUACAGAUAUGCCUACAGAAGCACUUCCUACAGACGCCGGUGUUCCUAAUGAAGUAAUAAACUCUCUCUUGAGCAGUCUAAGCAUCCGGAGAUGA